GACGAUGCUGGUUGACAGUUGUUCAGAUUGAAGACACCGAUGAACGACAAGAAGUGAAGUCAGAACAAUAUCGUUGGAAGCUGUAUAUAGAUGUGAUGGAGGAAGGCCAAAGACAGACAGAUGAAGGUGACACAGAGAAUAGCGGAUGCUCACCAGCAAGGUGCAGAACAGACACUGACGAGGACAAUCCAUUAGAUGAGGAACACAUGGAACUUGCAGGUAUUACCACGGGCAAACCACAUGGAUCGACUGAAGGAGCUGGCAUGGAGGAUGCAGAAAAUAAAGAUGUUGACGAAGAGAGUGACGGACUUAGUGAUGGCACAGGCGAGGAUGAAGAUGAUGGGAAACAGGACGUGCCACAACUUGAAGCUGGUGCUGUCAAACUCAAGACUGUUCACCAACAGUAUUACCAACUUGUAGGUAAAGAUACCACGGCACUAGCACAACACAUUGUAGGAUGUUGUCAGCCACCACAGGGAGACAUAGCAUCAGCACCGCAGCAGCAACAGCAACUCCAACCAGUUUCAGCUGGUGAUGCUGAUCCAACUACAAGUCAAGCACAGCUGUCCACAUCUACAUCUUGUGUAGUUCCUGAAACACCAAGUCUACCUGUUCCAGGAACACCAUCCCUGACACCAGCGGCCACAUCUACAUCUUGUGUAGUUCCUGAAACACCAAGUCUACCGGUUCCAGGAACACCAGCCCAGACACCAGCGGCCACAUCUACAUCUUGUGUAGUUCCUGAAACACCAAGUCUACCGGUUCCAGGAACACCAUCCCUGACACCAGCGGCCACAUCUACAUCUUGUGUAACUCCUGAAACAACAAGUCUACCGGUUCCAGGAACACCAGCCCUGACACCAGCGUCCACAUCUACAUCUUGUGUAGUUCCUGAAACAAGUCUACAGGUCCCAGGAACACCGACCCUGACACCAGCGUCCACAUCUACAUCUUGUGUAGUUCCUGAAACAGGUCUACAGGUCCCAGGAACACCAGCCCUGACACCAGCGUCCACAUCUACAUCUUGUGUAGUUCCUGAAACAAGUCUACCGGAUCCAGGAACACCAGCCCUGACACCAGCGGCCACAUCUACAUCUUGUGUAGUUCCUGAAACAAGUCUACAGGUUCCAGGAUCACCAGCCCUAACACCAGCGUCCACAUCUACAUCUUGUGUAGUUCCUGAAACAAGUCUACAGGUUCCAGGAACACCAGCCCUAACACCAGCGGCCACAUCUACAUCUUGUGUAGUUCCUGAAACAAGUCUACAGGUCCCAGGAACACCAGCCCUGACACCAGCGUCCACAUCUACAUCUUGUGUAGUUCCUGAAACAAGUCUACAGGUCCCAAGAACACCAGCCCUGACACCAGCGUCCACAAUGUCUCCCAGAAUACCAGGAUCUGUUGUGUCAGAGAUACAGUCUGAGGUACCAGGGACUGGGGACACUGUUGCAGUCACACAGUGUAAGAGUUACCAAGUACAACACAACUUUGGAGAUGUGACAGUCAAGGGCGCUAAGAAUUUGAACAUUGGCGGAACUCAGAAUGUCGGUAGACCUCCCACCAACCAGGAGGAAGAGGAGAAGCCACUGACUGCAGCACAGAAGAUCAGGAAAAGAACAUCAUCUAGGAUACAGUCAUGGACUAAAGACAUGGUGGAGACAGACGCCCUGAAGAAAGUGAAGGGGAAGAUAGACAGAGGAGCAACAUGGGUGACAAUUAAAGGAAGACCAGGAGAGGGGAAGUCUACAACAGCCUACAUGGCUCUCAAACACCAGCACAGUCAGGGGAGACAAGUAUACCAGGUGGAGUCACCAGAAGAAUUCAGUGACGUCGUAUUGGCCAGCAAGAACGCUGUAAUUAUGUUAGAUGACAUAUUCGGUGAUUUGAAAUUUGACGCAGCUGAGUGGGUGAAGUGGAGACCACGUUUAAGACCUAUUGUCGGUAGGAAACACCCUAACACGAAUACUGAACAUAAAGGACAAAGCAAAAUAAUCAUUAUCCUCGUAGGCCGUGACUAUGCGCUGAAAUCCUCAUUGGCAUAUUUGGGAGGGAUUGCAGAUUACAUAUCUAGCCCCAAAUAUGUGGUGGAAGUUUCCUCACAGGGAGGCUCUUAUGAACGAAGGAAGAUAUGGCGAGUUCAUGCUAAAGGAAAGAACAUACAAUUUGAAGAGUCAACUGUGUCUCGGAUAUGUGAGGCUGACUGUCCACACGGGUUUCCCCAUGUCUGUAGAAUGUUUGUGGCAACAUAUGAAAAGGAUCAGACUCAGCUUCCAGAGACUUUUUUCCAAGAGCCCAUUGCUUUCCUCGACAAGACUUUGUAUAAGCUUUCUAAAGACAAGUUAACACGUUCACUGUUCAUGGCUAUGAUACGGAGAGAUGGGAUGGUUACUGGUCAAGAAAUGGAGGAGGACGAUAGCCUUGGGUAUGAAUGCAUAGCAGCUGCUGAUGAUUUGGUUGGAUCUUAUCUCAGGAAGGAAGAUGACACGUACAUGUUUGAUCAUCCAUCUAUAUAUGACAAUGUGGCCUUAAUUCUCAGUUCAAAGCAAUCACAAUUUGUCAUAGAAAAUUGUAGUUUGUCAUUUAUCCGUCAGCGACUUUGUCUUGCACCCUCCGGAGAAACAGGGAGAAACGUUGCUGAUGAGACAGAUCUUGUUGCAAAUAUCCCAUGGACUUAUGCUAAAUAUUUAGCUAGAAGAUUUGCAACUGAGAUUAAAAGGAGCAAUUUGUUGCAUGUUUUAUCACACCAGGCAUGUUGUAAUUCAGACUUUGUUGACUUGCUCAUGGACAACUUGAAGACAUACAGUGGCAUGUCUGUUCCUGAUAUUCUGAAACUAAGUGAUAAUUCGUCAAAACAGUCAUUUUGUGAAUUACUUUCCAGCAACAAGUCACAGCAUAUCAUCAAAUAUCUUAUGGAGAAAGAAAAUAUAUCAUUCAGCCAGAGUGAAGGAAGGGAUAUUUUAUUGGGUGUGUGCAUGAAUGCAGCUUGCAAUGUAUUGACCUACAUCAGUGGACACAUGAAACUUGAGAUGACUGCUAGAUAUGGAAGGGAGGAGAAGACACCUCUUAUGUUAGCAGCAGAAACCAGAGACAGUGUGUUUGUCAGUCAGAUUUUGUCCCUUGGUCCUGACCUGAAAGCAAGAGACAAUUACGAUCAAACUGUCUUUCGUUACCUCUGCCGAUAUGGCCUUACCUCUGCUGUGGAAUAUGUGAUUAACACUGGUGUAAAGGUCGACGACCAUCGUGCUCCAUAUAUCUUGCAGUGUGUUGAUGUGGUACUGAUGGCUGGGGUAGAUGUGAAUGUACAGAAUAAUACAGGUAACACACCACUUCAUACAGCAGUAGGACAGGGAUCUACAGAGUGUGUCGAUGUGUUAGUGAAGGCUGGAGCAGAUGUGAAUGUACAGAAUAAUACAGGUGACACACCACUUCAUACAGCAGCAGGACAGGGAUCUGCAGAGUGCGUUGAUGUGUUAGUGAAGGCUGGAGCAGAUGUGAAUGUACAGAAUACUACAGGUGACACACCACUUCACAGAGCAGCAGGACGGGGAUCUACAGAGUGUGUUGAUGUGUUACUGAAGGCUGGGGCUGAUGUUAAUAUACAGAAUAUUACAGGUGACACACCACUUCAUACAGCAGCAGGACAGGGAUCUACAGAGUGUGUUGCUGUGUUACUGAAGGCCGGAGCUGAUGUUCAUGUACAGAAUAAUACAGGUGACACACCACUUCAUACAGCAGCAGGACAGGGAUCUACAGAGAAUGUUGUCGUGUUUCUGAAGGCUGGGGCUGAUGUAAAUAUACAGAAUAAUGCAGGCGACACACCACUUCAUACAGCAGCAUCAGCGUAUGGAUCUAUACAUUGGAGAUCUACAGAUUGUGUUGAUGUUUUAUUGAAGGCUGGAGCGGAUGUUAAUUUGCAGAACAAAACAGGUGAAACACCACUUCAUGGAUCAGCAAGACGAGGAUUUGUAGAGAGUGUUGAUAUGUUACUGAAAGCUGAAGCUAAUGUUAAUAUAAAGAAUAAUACAGGUGACACACCACUUCAUGAAGCAGCAGGACGGGCAUCUACAGAGUGUGUUGAUGUGUUACUGAAGGCUGGAGCGCAUGUUAACUUACAGGAUAAUACAGGUGACACUCCACUUCAUACAGCAGCAGGACGGGGAUCGACAGAGUGUGUUGAUGUGUUACUGAAGGCUGGAGCACAUGUUAAUGUACAGAACAAUACAGAUGUUAAUGUGCAGAACAAAACAGGUGUCUCACCACUUCAUGAAGCACUAGUACCAGCAGUGUGGGGAUCUACAGAGUGUGUUGAUGUGUUACUGAAGGCUGGCGCUGAUGCUAAUGUACAGAAUAAUACAGGUGACACACCACUUCAUACAGCAGUGGUGUUGGGAUCUAUACAGAGUGUUGUUGAUGUGUUACUGAAGGCUGGCGCUGAUGUUAAAGUACAGAAUAAUACAGGUGACACACCACUUCAUAUAGCAGCAGGACGCGGAUCUACAAAAUGUGUUGAUGUGUUACUGAAGGCAGGAGCAGAUGUUAAUGUACAGAAUAAUACAGGUGACACUCCUCUUCAUAAGGGAGCAAUGUUGGGAUUUGCACAGCGUGUUGAUUUGCUACUAAAGGCUGGAGCAGAUGUUAAAGUACGGAAUAUUACGGGUGACACACCACUUCACACAGCAGCAGAAUGGGGAUCUACAAAAUCUGUUAAUGUGUUAUUGAAGGCUGGAGCACAUGCUAAUGCAAAGAAUAAUGCAGGUGACACACCACUUCAUAAAGCUACAGGACGGGGAUCUACAAAGUGUGUUGAUGUUUUACUGAAGGCUGGAGCAGAUGUUAAUGGACAGAAUGAUACAGGUGACACUCCUCUUCAUAUAGUAGUAGGAGCAGAAGUAUGGGAUCCUACAGAGUGUGUUGAUGUGUUAAUGAAGGCUGGAGCAGAUGUGAAUGUACAGAAUAAUACAGGUGACACACCACUUCAUAAAGCAGUAGGACAGGGAUCUACAGAGUGUGUUGAUGUGUUACUGAAGGCUGGGGCUGAUGUUAAUAUACAGAACAAUACAGGUGACACACCACUUCAUACAGCAGCAGAGAGGAAAUCUGUAGAAAGUGUUGAAGUGUUUUUGAUGGCUGGAGCAGAUGUUAAUGAACAGAAUACAGGUGACACACCACUUCAUAAAGCUACAUGACGGGGAUCAACAAAGUGUGUUGAUGUUUUACUGCAGGCUGGAGCAGAUGUUAAUGUGCAGAAAAAUACAGGUGACACUCCUCUGCUCCUUGACACUUAUCUUCAUGCAUAAAAUGUAUGAAAAUACCUGACACUUUUUCGUUGUCAAGCAAACCAAGUUUGAUUGGAGAUUUCACUUCCUUAUUGUAAGAAUUGAGCUGAAGAGUAAACGCAAGAUAUUUUAUGGAUGGCAACUUUACUCUUUUUCAGGAGAGGUCUUCCUAGCAGUAAAUAUGAGCAUUUUCUGCGACUGAAACUGUCCUGUCACCCUCGUAACAAUGUUUUGAUUUUGUAUAUACAAAUAAUUGUCUUUUUUUCAAUUAUACGGACCCCCACCUUCACGUGGGAUUACCUCCCUUACCAUGCAUGCGCGGGUAGCCAGGUGUAUUCCUUGGGGGUUCGGCCUCUCUUUCGAGCCCUGGCGCCUAAACAGUACAGGCUGAUUCUGCCGUUUUCCCAAAUCGGGAGCCCCUCUGCGUGCGCCGUACCGAUACUUUGAGGAGCAAUAUCAGACCGCUAGUUAGCAGGUGCGGGUGGUGGUCCAUGGCGCAUACCUCCCUUGUUACAGAGGUCUGUCUUGGAAGAGGAGGGGAACCCCGGUGAUGUGUCACCACAUCUGGUUCUCCUCCGUCAGCCAACCGAGGUUCAGGUUCACCUGACACGAGACUUGGGCGCAGUUAUGGGCAAGCACCCACUGUGGCUGUCGAUGUCUCCCUGCUCGACAGCUACACCGCAAACCUUGUUGGCCCUCUCGUCUCGGUUGGGAGCUACCUUUUUUCCAGGGGCUCAGAAGGUUAAUUGGGAGGCUAUGGAGACGGCAACUUCCUUCAAGGACUCUAAGGCCCUGUUGGAACAGUCGCAGAAUGUUCGCACCCUUACCCCCAUGAUGGGUUCUUCCUUAAUGAUGCAGCCUACAUCCUACUCAAAACCUUUGGUGCAAAUUCUGGUACCCAGUUGUUCUGCUGUUACCGUAGCGGGGAAGUGUUAACCUGCUAGCAAGCAGACAGUUUCUCGUUGUCUGUUCGGCUUACAAUGCUAAGGGUUAGUCUUCUCCCGAAGAGUUGAAGUCUUAUUCGUAUAGCAGAGCGUAUAACAGAUAAAACACAAGUUAUUUAAUUUGUACAAUAUUGUAAUAAAGCAUUGUUACAACUGUCACAGGACGUUAUCGCUUUGUCUUCAAAGAAUUGAAAACCCAUACGGGUUUGGCUUAUUGUAUCAUAAAUCAUCAAAAGGUCCAUAGUGAAACUUAAUACAGAUUCUGUUAUAUUUUCUUUCCUGUUCUGUUAUGAUGCUCAAUUUCAGUUUAGAUUGUUAUACCAUUGUCUUGAUUGACAGCAGUAAAGGGGUCUUCACUGAAAUGUAUUACAAGUUUUGUUACCCGUGUUCGUUACGAAUUUUGAGUGGUCAGAUUUAUUCAUUCCAGUUGUGUUCCUUGCAGGAGAGAGAAUUAUGACGGUCACGAUACUGCAGGACAUAUUUCCAUCUGUAGCUAACACUUAAUGCUAUGAGUACAAGGAAGGGUCGAAAUCUGCUUGAACCCACGAGGUAGACCACGACCGCAUAUUUUCUUGCAACAGAUCUAGAAUUCACACUGGACGUGUAACUUGACAAAAUUCUUCACGGUCCGACUACUUUUUGACUGUCCCUCGUAUCAUAUCCCGAACUGUAUUUCCAAUUUCAACCGUGACCUUUUACCUUGUAUUACACUCUGAAGAUGUCUAGUGACGUCCAUGUUCAACAUGUCAGUCUAUAUUAUCUCUGCCCUUCACUGUUCCGGUUAUCAAAUACAUGAAUGAUAUAUUGCACCCCAUCUCUUGAGUAUAAGAAGAAUAUGAGGCCUUCGCCUGUUGAGAGUCGUAUGCAGUUACUUCCAGUAAUGCAUGGACAAUUAUGGCGAAAGAUACAACCACACUAUGUUCCCCUUGAUCAGUGAUUGAUACUGUGCAGCGCUGCUAUGG